CAGUAUCUACAAUUGAAUAUAGGGCCUCCUGCAUGCUAAGUAGGCAUCCUACUACUGUACUACAUAUCUGGUCCUUUGCAGUUUUAAAACAGGAUCUUGCCAAAUUGCCCAGGCUGGCUUUGAACUUGCUUCAGUCUCCUGAGUAGCUAGGAUUAUAAGUUUGCCCCAACAUUUGGCUGAAAUGUACAGUGCAUAUGAAUGGCCAUCCAUUUAAAAACUUGUAUCCAGUGUUGUAUCAGGCCUGUGCAUUUUGAAGAAACAAAGAUGACCAAGAAAAAUCCUCGAGGCGCUCCGGGUCUCUGAAUGGCAUCCCAGCUCAUUCAAAGUCAAUUCACAUGAUGCCCUCAGAAACAGAGUAACAGCUUAAAAGUGUCAAGCCUCCUGAAUUUUAUAAUUCUUAACAGCCCCCCUCACUCACAGGAAGCAUAUUCACACACACAAAACACACUGAAGUAAAAUUAAAAAUCAUGGUUUCAUGUUAUAGCCCGGAGGAGUUGGUGUUCACAAGAUUUGGACUCACCUCAGGGUCAAGGAACUGUGAGGGUACAAGUCCCUGUCAUCAUGCUGCACUCCAUGAGGGUGUUUGUUGUCCACUUGGGCUGAAUCUAUACCCCCAAGUGACUCCAGGGUGUCAACUUGGUGAUGACUGAACAGCAGUGUGCUUAAAAGGAAGUGUCAUGUAGAGCAGUCUGAGUCCUCUUCCCAGACUUCAGAAGAGGCCUCUUUCCAUUUCCUCUUUUUCCUUCCAGGCUUCAUUCUUGAGGGCAGGCCUGGGUCCUCUGGGACUGGAGUUCGGCUCAUCAGAGUGCAGGAGAUGCCACAGGAAGGCACUUCAUCCCUUCACUCUGCUGUUCUGGUCCCCUGUGAGAAGCACAGGGUCAGUGAGUCCCAAGUUCAAGUCUCCAGCCCUUAGAUAUUUGGCCCCUAAGUAGUGCAUGGGUAUUUUUUUCAUUUCUGGUUCCCCACCUAGACUGAGUAGGGUCUCCAGCCUGUAGGGUUGGAAACAGAUGCACCCAAUGGGCUCCCACUUCCUGUCCUUUCCAGCUCUUCUGUGUCUCCCUUCUGCAGAACCCCAUCCUCCUUGGAGAUGAAGGAACGGAUGGUGUCACUCUGAUGCUGGAAAGAGUGGUUGCCAUGAGGUUGAGCUGGGUUCCCCAGAUACCAGCAGGUGACCUGGCUCAGACAGUGCCCUAAGCCAAGUGGGGAAGAUCCAGGUGCUCAGCAGUACAGGGCUGGUGCCUGGCUAAGCCCCUUCUCAAGAUGUAGACAGAGAAGGACUUGUUGGAUGGCUUGUGCAGGAGUCUCAGGGAACGGGUGGAUAGGGCUGUGGGAGUGUCAACAGCAGAUGCCCCUGAAGACUUGUGUUCCUUCCUGUGUCUCCGGGUGAGGGUGUCUCACCUAGGUUCCUUUUCUUGGUUCCAUGAAACUUUCAGGAGCCAGGCUUGGUUCCCCAUGCCUGUAAUUCCAGAACUUGGGAGCCUGAGGCAUGAGGGUUGCCUCAGGGACUACAUAAUGAGACCCUGUCCUAAACAAAGCAAAAUUCAUAGUAAUAACACAAAACUUGCAGGGACUGCUGUAGAACCUGGAGCAUUCUGGAAGAAUGCCGACAAGAAGCUAUAUUCCUGUCAGGAUGAGUGACGGAGAAGUAGCAUUUCUAAACACUGGGAAAUAUCACUGUGCAUGGAUGCCCUUGUACAUUUUCAGUUGACAGAACCUGCCAUUACUAAGAAAAAACCUGCAGUUUGUUCCAGACCAAGAAACCCUGAGACUUCUCUUAGUAGGCUGAGGUGCCAGAAUGGGGAUUUGUUGUUUUCAUUAUCUGAUGAAAAUGUUCUGGACUCCUAGCUUCCUGAUUGUUUUAAUAAGCUAAUGAAGGAGGGUCUGUGCGGCCACCCUUGAGCAUAGCAUGAACAUGAAACAAGAGGGAGGAGGAGCAGGACCAAGACCAGGACUAGGACCAUGACCAGAACCAGGACCAUGACCAGGGCCAGGAGCUGAGCAUGAACAGGUUCUGGAGCAGGAGCAAGAGCUGAGGGGGAGGACAGCAGGAGCAGUGGGAGGAGCUGAGGAUGAGUAGGUGAAGGAGCAGAAGCAAGAGCAGGAGAAGGAGCAGGGAGAGGCAGCACUAAGAGGGAAGAGCUCUACAGGUCAGUGGUCUGUUCCCUGCAUUAAGGAAUGAUUAGCCCGUACAUAUAACUGAAUAGGUACAGUCCCUUGGUCCCUUUUCUGGGGUGUGUAAUGGAAAAACUUGAGCCUCAGGUUUCUAUAGGAUAUUUCUCAUUUCAAGUUGGUCUCUUACUCCUUUAUUUACCGGUCAGAGAUUGGUAGGUGUGGACAGUCGGGAGCAGUUCAGAGCUGUAAAACCCUGGCUUCUCUUCUCCUUCCAAUUCCCCUAGUGUCCUGUCCCACUUUGCUCUUGUGAAAUGGCGUCCCCUGACUCACAGUGAGAACCCUUCCGUGGGCUGUGAAGUCCAGUCUCCAGCCCUGGCUUUGGUCUUCUCAGGGGAAGCUCCAUGCAUGUAUUUGCGUUGGCUACACACUGAAAAAUUAUCCUUCCAGUGGUUUUGUUUUUGGCACUGAGGGCCUGGCCAAGAUUCAGGGAACCCCGCUGACUUUGUGGUGCUUGUUCAUCUGAGUCUUUUCUGGUCUUAGCCCCUCAGUAUCUGAGAGGACUGCAUUCUGAUGUGUGAAUUGGAGACCCCAGAGCAGGAGGGUGGAGGGCAUGUUAUAGGCACCUGGAGCAACUCAGUCCUAGUGUGUGAGAACAGGCCCCAAGGUGCCAUAAGCUAAGAGAAGCAGAGAGAUCUAGGUUUGUACAAAGCGUAGUGAUGGGGGACUGAGUGACAAAUCGAAACAUGGUCUUGUGCGGCAACAAGAUUGGUUGGAGCCCUGCAAUUUGGGUCAGAAAGAGAGUUCUAUGUAUGGGUUAGGACAAAAUUCUAGCUUCAUUCUAGGUGCAAUGGACUUGAUUUAACUUAAGCUGGCACCAGAGUUAGGCACUUUCCUGGAGCCAUGGCCUUGUAAAAUUCCACACAUCACACUAAAGUUUCAUCUGCUUGUAAUUUGCCUAGAAAGCGUACAGGAAAAGCCAGCUAGGAUUAUUCUUGGGCAGUUAUGGUGGUUAUGAUUCAAGAUGGCUAGUCAUGCUUGCAUCCAUUAGGCUGCGGAAAGGCCACCUUCGGUAGAUGAAAGUUUUUACUGCUAUACUUGUCUUGUGCAAGUUAUUCUGCUCCACCCUCCCAUCAGCUCUGGGAAUUUCAUUCCUGACAGUUUCUGCCACACCCCGCACACCUUCUUUACCUCCUUCUUCAUUUUGUCUCAGACUUCAAAUUCCCCUUUGGUGUCCUCACUAUUCUCUGGACUAUCCUUGCAGUACUGGAGAGAAUGACAGCGACUUGAUAUGUGGAGGCGUGAUUUGAGAUCGCAAGCCUGAGGAGGAAAUCUGUGUUCAGAGAGAGAAUUCAUUGUAAAUGUACCUUGACUAUGAGUGGAGGUUGCCAACAACACCUACCUGUGUUUAGGAACUCUAUGAUUGAGGGUUCUGACAAGCAAAUAGAUUUAGACAGACCAUACCUGGAACCUGAUCUGAGAGGUGCAGGUGCUGUGAAGUAUGUGUUUCUCCGUGGGCACAAGAAAGCGAAGGGGGAUUGAAGAGCUAGACUCAUGUUUUCCUUGGAGGCAGGACUUAAGGUGUUCAAAGGCAGCUAGAUAGCAAGAAAACAAAAGCAGUCCAAAGGGCAGAGAAGUGGAGGAAGGAUUAAUUAAUAGACAUGUUCCAGAAAGACAGUGAUAUGCAGGCUCCAUGCUAGGGAAUCUGGAGGCUACGUGCCUUCAACAGCCCUCUGGAUUCUCACUUCCUCUUCUCCUUUUAGAUUAAGACAGGCCAGACUCUUGUCUUGACACACUGUCUGUUCCUGUCCUCUGCAAAGUCAUGUUGCUGUACCUGUCAGCCCUCGUGGGCCUGUACCACCUCGUGCGCUGGUGGGAGAGGCAGGUGGUGAGCAACCCCCAAGACAAGUAUGUGUUGUUCACGGGCUGUGACUCGGGCUUCGGGAACCUGCUGGCCAGACAGCUGGACACGCGAGGCUUGAGGGUGCUGGCCGCGUGUCUGACAGAGAAGGGGGCCGAGCAGCUGAGGAAGCAGACGUUGGCACGGCUGGAGACGGUGAUCCUGGACGUCACCCAGACAGAGAGCAUCGCUGCAGCCACCGGAUGGGUGAAGGAGCGUGUGGGGGACAGAGGACUCUGGGGCUUGGUAAAUAAUGCUGGCAUCUCCAUCCCCACUGCUCCCAGUCAGUGGCUGACCAAGCAGGACUUUGUGGACACGCUCAAUGUGAACUUGUUUGGGGUCAUCGAGGUGACUCUGAGCCUGCUGUCUUUAGUGAGGAAGGUGCAAGGCUGUGUGGUCAAUGUCUCCAGCAUGAUGGGUCGGAUUUCUCUCUGCGGUGGUGCCUACUGCAUCUCCAAGUACGGCGUGGAGUCCUUCUCAGACAUCCUCAGAUACUGGACCAGGGAGCUCUCCUAUUUUGGGGUCAAGGUGGCUAUUAUUGAGCUUGGUUUCUUCAAGACCAUAAUCAAUAGUGAAACACUCAUGAAAAGUUUGAAGAAGGUGUGGGAGCGGACCCCCACAGAAGUCAAGGAGAUCUAUGGCUAGAAGUUUUUGGAAUCCUAUUUCAAUCAUCUUCAGUUUUUGGAGAAAGUGCGGACACCAGACCUGUCCACGGUGACUGACUGCAUGGAACAUGCGCUGACUGCCUGUCACCCUCGCACCCGCUACUCACCUGGCUGGGAUGUCAAGCUCUUUUACCUCCCCUUGAGCUACCUGCCCACGUUCCUGGUGGAUGCCAUUGUGUACUUGGGCUCCCCAAAGCCAGCAAAAGCUCUGUAAAUCCAACUCUUGUGUGUAUGGUUGGGGAAAGGUGGGUACUGUGUGAGGGAUGGGCUUCGUUGGGGAAGGGAAGUGGGUGAAGGAAAGCAGCUCUCACACACCAGGUUACCUUUCUGGUUCAAAGACUUUUUCUCAGGUAUUACUCAAGACUGGUGAAGUGGGAAAGAAAGAGCCAAGGAAUUCUGCUGAGGAUUAAGGGUUCAGCAGCACUCACUGAUCCCACCCAGUUGACUUAGGCAGCUGCUCAGGGCUCUGAGCAGCAUGUCCAACCAUGAGGAAUACACACACCUGGGGUGGCUGGGAGCAUGUGGGAGGGUGCACAGUCCAUCCCUCAUUUGCCUCUUCACUUCCUCCAGAGGGUAUGCGUUGGUCUUGGGCACUGUCUGUCUUCCCACAAUAUAGGAAUGUCUUGGGCAGUGUAGGAGCCCCUGUCCUUUACAAUCACUGUGUAGGUGGUGAAGGGCAGGAGGGGAGCCACCAGUCUGUCCCCUUAGGUAUUAGGUAUUGGUUGAGAGGUGAUUUCCUCAACAGGGAUCCUGACAGAGGACAUAAACCCAAUUUAUUUAUUUGGGUAUUUGGAAAGAUCACCCAUGCCCAGUGAUUUUCAUCAGUGCCUGGAGGAGAAGUGGGGUGUGGUUGAAAGAGUCAGGCACCUUUACAAAAGUUGGGGCAUGAGAGGCAUGACUUGUGGUAAGAUUAAAUAAAGGAGGUUGGAUUACCCCUCACCUUGCUUAGGUUUUCCUGCCACUAAAUUAGGAAGUUGUUUUCCUUCCUAAACAUCCUAGUAAUUGAGCUCAUAGAACUAGAUAGAUGAAUGGGCAAGCAAGGAGAUGUACAGCAGGGAUAGGCAGGCCUAAGAUCCCUUCCUGCCCUUAGCAACAUACUCCCUGCGGCCCUCAGUGACCAACCCUCCCCUUUGAGUCAUUGUAAUUCUGACCGAUGUCUUCAAGUCCCCUGCCUCUGUUCUAUUCCCACACAUGUCCAGUGGCAUUGACUCAGAGUCACAUUUCUGGAGGUGGGUCUUUCCUUUUCUGUUCAACCUUUGUUGAGCACCUCCUGUAUGCAGGGUAGCAUGCUGAGUUACUCUUGGCUUCCUGAGACCCAGCUGUGUAUAUUGCAGUAUUGUGAUGAUGUUUUCAAGUGUGGGCUGAAUAGAGAAUGUGUAUGUAGAAAGCCAUAGAGGUUCCUGAGCUAAAU